AUGUUUCGACAUAUUUUUCUUAUAUUCUUCAUCAAUUCUCAAUUAAUUCAAUCAGAAUCUAAUUAUAGUUACAAACAACAAAAAGAUUACGAUUGUAUAUUUAUCUAUGUAUCCGAUGACAUUGUUGAAUAUGUUCUUCCGUACAUUCUUCGACAUGAAAUUAUUGAAUAUUGUGUUCGACCAGAACCCAAUGAUAUUAAUAAUUAUAAUUUAUAUUCUUCGUGUUAUAAACAUUUAGAUUGUGAUCAUGUAUGUUUAGAUUGGCGACAAAUUUGUGAUGGAACAAUUGAUUGUAUUAAUUCUGGUCAAGAUGAAGAAAAUUGUUUUGAAUUAGAAAUGAAUCAAUGUCAUUCCUAUGAUGAAUACCGUUGUCAUAAUGGUAUGCAUUGUAUUCCAAUGGAUUUUCUACAUGAUAACGCACUUAAUCCCGAUUGUAUUGAUCGUAGUGAUGAAACAAAUCCAUAUUUUGAUUAUCCAGCAAAUUGUUCAUUAGAUAUAGCAUUUCGAUGUGAUGAACAUAUAUGUCGACCAUCUCAAACAGAAAAUAUCCCAUGUGGAAAUGGUCAAUGUACACAGAAUCUAUUUGAUAGAUUUUGUGGUAAUAAACGUGAAGUUUUAUUAGAACAAAUACUUAUCGAACAAUUGAUGACAAGUCAAAUUCAUAUAACUUGUCGUCGUGCAAUGAUUUGUGUAAUUGAGAAAAGUCUUGAACAAUGUCAAGAGACAUGUUCAACAAAAUCUUCAUGUAAUCGUUUAAUUCAACAAUAUUGUCCAUCAAUUCCAUUUACUUUUCCUUCAUCGGCAAUACUUUUUGGUCAUGUAUAUUUUGUCUAUGAUAGUCAACAAAUAAUUCUUAAUUCAAAAUCAAUUCUUAUACCUAAUUAUAUAUGUUUUAAUCGAUAUCUUUGUAAUCAUUUCAUUCAUAUUCAUCCUUUUAUGAGUCUUACAGAUGAAAUUAUUUGUCAAAAUUUUAAAUGGCCAUCAAUUUAUUCGAAUUGGUUUCAAUUUGUAGAUGAUGUUAGAAGUAAAUUUCAAAUUUGUUCGACAAUAUAUGUUGAUUCAUUUCAUUGUCAAAUGAAUUCAACUUUACUUUAUCAUUGUCAAAAUUCAACAAAAUGUAUUUCAAAACAUCGUCUUAUGGAUGGUAUACAAGAUUGUAUAUUAAAUGAUGAUGAAAAUAUUUCUUAUAGUUGUGAACUUGAUGAUCAACAUUUUCGAUUUCAAUGUACUAAUUCAGUGGGUAAAAUUGAUAAAUGUCUUUCAAUAAUAACAGUACACAAUCAACAUUUUGAUUGUGAUAAGGGAAACGAUGAAAUCGAUCUUGGGAGAGAAUUAAAUCAAGAAAACAUACCUUUUGCUACAUUAUGUGAUGGUUUUAUUGAUUUAAUUGAUCCUGAAAAUAACGAAACAGAUGAAAGUCAUUGUUUUUGGUGGCAAUGCAAUAAUAUUUAUACUCGAUGUAAUGGCGUUUGGAAUUGUCAAAAUGGUGCUGACGAAUUAAAUUGUUCAUAUUUACCUAUAAAAUGUCCAGAAAUGCAACAUCGUUGUGUAUCAUUACAUACAUCUAAAACUGGUUGUUUACCAAUUGAGAUGGCUGGAAAUAAUCAUAUUGAUUGUAUAGGUGGUACAGAUGAACGAUAUUUAUGUCGUUCUAAUGGUCAAGUAAUAUUUAAACCUUUUGCUUGUUGGAAUGAGACAAAGUGUCUUGAUAUAUAUGAUAUUUGUGAUGGUGAAGCAAAUUGUCGAUAUGAUGAUGAUGAGAAAUUUUGUACACAAAACCCAUCAUGGGUAAGUGAAUAUGUUUGCAUGCCGUCAGAAGAUUAUGAAAAAACAUUGGAAGACAGAAUUAUUUGUCUUGUUAGUUUAGAACAAUUUCAUUCUUUUGGACAAUUGAAAUGUCUUUGUCCUCUCGCUUAUUAUGGAUAUUCAUGUCAAUAUCAAAAUCAACGUGUUAGUUUAACAGUACAAAUACGACCAGAACUCGAUUGGCAUACAGUAUUUCUUUUAUCUAUAUUUCUUAUUGAUGAGAAUCAAGGAAUUCAAUCGUAUGAUUAUAUAGAAUAUAUUUCUAUUCGAGAUUGUUUAACCAAAUUCGAUAUUUAUUUACUUUAUUCAUCACGACCAAAGAAUAAUUCGAAAAGUUAUUUUGUACGUAUUGAUGUUUAUGAUCGAAUACUUUUAACAUAUCGAACAAGUUGGUUAUUUCCAUUGAAAUUUUCAUUUUUACCUGUACAUCGUCUCUCUAUACAACUUACUAUUCCAUUUUUGUCAUCACAAAUCAAAUCAUGUUCAUUGAAAUGUGAACAUGGUCAAUGUAUUUCAUUUGAAAAUCAUCAUUUAUUACAUAUAAAAGAUUUCUGUUUAUGUGAUCAAGGAUGGUCCGGUCGUUUUUGUACAAUAAAACAUGACAAAUGUCAAUGUUCAUCGAAUUCAAUUUGUAUUGGACAUGGUUCAUUUUGUCUUUGUCCUAUUAAUAGAUAUGGUAAAGAUUGUUUAUCCAAUCAUUUAAUAUGUCAACAAAAUCUUUGUCAACAUAAUGGAAAAUGUAUUGGAACUGAUAUUCGAAUGUUAUCGAGUAAAAGUUCUCCAAUAAGAAAAUUUACAUGUUUAUGUUCCGAAGGAUAUUCUGAUAAAACAUGUCAAUCUCUUGAUCCAAAAAUUUCUCUUAGAUUUCAAUAUGAUAUCUCAAUUCCAGCUUAUAUUCUUGCACAUUUGAUUACUGUUGUAUCCAAUUCGAUACCAAAUCGUAUAACAAUGUUUAAAAAAGUACCAUUUGAUCAAAAUGAAGUUGUACUUUACAUAUCACAAAAAUUUCAUCUCCUUUUUAUUGAAUUUUCAAGCAAAUAUUAUUUAACUAUUGUCGAAAAAGAAUUUAAAUCAUUUAGAAAUUUAUCAAGUGAAAUUGUUUCUUCUCGUCGUUGUCGUAAUAUUAAUGAAUUAUUUAAUUCAUCUAUACUUCAAUUAGAUCUUUUACGUCGUGUUAAACUUUAUCAUUUAUCUUGUGAAGAAAAUCGUCAACUUUCAUGUUUUUACGAUGAGAAUUAUAUGUGUCUAUGCGAUGUAAAUUCACAUCAAGCAAAUUGUUUUGAAUUUGAUCAUAAUAUGACUUAUAAUUGUCGAGGUAAUAGAUUUUGUCAAAAUAAUGCACAAUGUUUUCAAGAUGAUUCGUCAUGUCCAAGAACUUUCAUUUGUGGAUGUACAGAAUGUUAUUAUGGAAGAAGAUGUCAACUAUCAACAAAUGGUUUUGAACUUUCUCUUGAUGCUAUUCUUGGUUAUCAGAUUCGACCAAGUUUAUCUUUAUUACAACAAGCAUUUGUAGUGAAAUUCAGUCUGAUACUUGUUAUAGUAAUGGUUACUCUGAGUUUGAUUACUAAUACUUUAUCAAUAUUAACAUUUCAAAUAAAAAAAACACGAGAAACAAGUUGUGGAUUAUAUUUGCUUAUUACUUCAAUAACUUCUCUUUUAACAAUGAUUUUAUUUGCAAUUAAAUUCAUCAUAGUUUUACUUACUCAUAUGAAUAUAAUAAAUAAUCGAAUUUUACUGAAUUAUCUUUGUAUUUCAAUGGAUUUCAUACUUUCUAACCUUCUAAAUUCAACUGAUUGGCUUAGUUCAUGUGUAGGAAUAGAAAGAUUUGUGAUUGUUAUUAAAGGUGUUGAUUUUGAUCGAAAACAAAAUAAAAAAACAGCCAAAUUGAUUAUACCAAUUGUUAUUCUUUUAUGUAAUUUAACUAUUCUCCAUGAUCCAAUACAUCGUCGUUUAUUAGAUGAUUUCGAAGAAAAUCGAAUAUGGUGUAUUGUAUCUUAUUCAUCUUUUCUUAAUAUUUACAAUUCGACUAUUCAUACAUUUCAUUUUCUUGCUCCAUUAACAAUUAAUUUUCUCUCGACUAUAUUCAUAGUUGUUAUUAUUGCAUAUCGAAAACAAUCAUUCGAGAAAAAAACAUUAGGUUAUCGAAAAUAUCUUUGGAAACAAUAUGGAAAAUAUCAACAUAUACUUUUGCCACCCUGUUUUCUUGUUCUUUUAAGAAUUCCACGUUUAAUCAUUGUAUAUCUUUCCGGAUGUAUGAAAUCAGCUCGUGAUCCGUGGCUUUUUCUUGCUGCUUAUUUCAUUUCUUUUCUACCACCGAUAUUUCAUUUUUUCGUUUUUGUUUUACCUUCAAGAGAAUAUCGAAAACAAUUUCGCAAUGUCUUUUAA